UAAACAUGUUGAAAUGGAAACAGAAGUCGUUGGACGAUCGAGACAUGUGCUCAGUUUGUUUUAAAAAACGAAAUUAUAUUGACAUGUGUUCAGUUUGUUGUAAAAAAGGAAAAUAUAUUGACUUAGGGUUGUCAGGGGCGGCCUUGGAGGAUGAGGGUGCUGACCCCCAAGUGUCUGUGCGCAUAACGAAAGUCUUUGUUAUGGCCAAUUAUGAAAUUUCUUACUUUUGAUUUUGUUUAUAUUUUCAGUUCCCAAGCGAAGCAAGCACCGCAAAAGCAAAACCGACAAAGGCCCGAGGUGUCACUUCAGUCUGGCUGGAGUCUUUAUAGAAGCUUUCUCUGAUUAGUAAGGAGAGAUCAGUAUUGAUGUCAGACACUGAGAAUUCGGACACUGAGUAUUUGGUUCUUGAUGACUGGAUCUGCGACAACUGUAAGGAGAAAGCAGUCAAUCCCAUACAACUGGAGGAACAAUUACUUCCUGGAGAAAAAGUAUUUCUAAUUGAUUCAAACAAUGAAGUGUGGUUAUUUUGUUGGGGAUGUGGACUUCGAUUCCAUUUAAUGUGUGUUUUUGAUCUUUCUUUGGAUUCUACUGAAGAAGAAGUUGGUGCAAAGUACUUCUGUUGCUUUUGUGAAAAUGUCCAGUAAAUGGUUACGUUGUAAAGAACAAAAUACUGUACAAGAAAAUUUAAUGAUUUAUCUGUGUAGAAGGGAGACUGGGUCAUAUUCCGGCAAAGGAAGGCAAUACAACAUUCUUAAGGAAUGUUACUUUACCUUAUAUCGAGAAACCACACCAAGAUAUAUUUAUAUUCAAAAGAAGAAAGGGGAAUAUAGAAGUGUGGAGAUGAAAUUUCAUCCAAAUUGCAUAAACGGCUGCUAAUUUGAAAAAGAAUAAUCAUGGCUUCUAGAGGGAAAAGGCUAGUACAGUUAGCUAUUGAAAAAAUAAUAUCACAGAAGGCACGUGUUGAGACAAAAACUGACAUAAACAAUAACACCCUUGAUACUUACAGAAUUCAGGGAUGCACCAUCGUUAAUACAAACACGGCUUUAUUAAGUGAAGAACAGUUACCUCAAGCGUCUGAAUUAGUUGCAAAUAUAGAUAAUGACAAGAUAUCAGAAGUUAGUGAAAAUGAUAGUUAUACUGAUGAAAUAAAUGGGGCAAUGAAAGAAUUUUAUGACACAGACGAUACAGCUAAUGAUCCAGAUUGGAGGAUUGAUUCAAGAAAAAAACACAGAUUGACCUCAUCAUCCUCUGAAGAUUCAGAAGAUGAAAACCCAAAUAGAAAUAGAAAGAGAAAAAAGACAUUGGAGAAAAUCAAAACUCUACCUACAACAAUAUUAGAAAUUCCAAAAACAGAUCUAAGAAAUGUACAAGAAAAAGCAAAUGCUUGUAUUCAAUUACAUCAUGAACAGGAAAAGGUAGAAGUAGCUCAACAACAUGUAGCAGUUUAUGUUGACCACGAAGAAACAGUAGAAACCCAACCAUUUGAGAAUCUGACAGAGACAAUAUCAAAUACAGAUAAUUCAGGCACUGAGACUCCACAAGCUCUCAGUGAUACAACCACGAUAAAUGACCGAGAGCAGGUUAACAAUCAGUCAACUAGAUUGCGAAAAGGAAUGGGAAACAAAGACACCUGGAAACGGAAUAUAGAGAAAAGGCUUAGAAUGACAGGGCGUUCAUAUAAAGGUCUGAAGAAGGUAGAUGGAAAGAAGAAGUAUUGUGUUGAUAAGGGUGAAAGAAUUAUGGGUGAAAGAAACUGUGGUAAUCGAUGUAGGAAAUCAAGAAAGUGUUUUGAGGUUAGUGAAGAGACAAGAAAGAGUAUAUUUAGUUCGUUCUGGUCUAACAUGGACUGGCAGCAAAAGAAAGUGUAUGCUGUAAGUCUUGUGUCUAAAUCAGAAGCCGGUAAGACAUCAGUGGGAAGUAAGAGAAAAUACACGUAUCGGUACUACAUCCGAAAGGGAGAGGAGAAGUUUCAGGUAUGCAAAAACCUGUUUCUUUCUACCUUCGGCAUUGGAGAGAGAACACUCACAGAAUGGUUAAAAAAGUCGGACCAACAUGGAUUGCCGAGCGAGAAGGUUCCCGAAGAACAAAAUACAGAAAAAUUCACAACAGAGAAAGCUAUGAAAGUAAAAGAAUUCCUAAAUAAACUUCCAAAAAUGCUAUCACAUUAUUGUCGGUCUACGUCGAACAAAAGUUAUCUUGAACCUGAAUUCAGAGAUAUGACUAGUUUGUACAAUUUGUACAAACAUGAAUGUAUAAAUGAACCUGUUGGAAGAACUCUGUUAGAAUAUUUCGGUCACUUGAUCUAGCUCUAUUUCAGCCAAAAAAGGAUCAAUGCGACAUUUGUGUUGGUUAUGAAACCAAAAAUAUCACAGAGGAUAAAUAUCUGUUGCACAUCAAGCGAAAAGAUGAGGCUAGAUCAGAAAAGGCAAGAGAUAAAGAAAGGGCAGAAGACGAUCCAAAGAUAAAAGUAAUUACAAUGGAUGUACAGGCUGUACUUUUAAGUCCUAGUCUUCAAGCAAGUGCACUUUAUUACAAGACAAAGCUUGCAUGCCACAACUUCACGGUGUAUGAUCUUACGACACGAGAUGUUACCUGUUACUUAUGGCAUGAAGGGGAAGCAGGAUUAAGUGCUAAUUCCUUUGCAAGUUGCGUAAAUGAUUACUUAGAAGGUGUUCUUGCAGGCAACAGUAAAAUUCAGGAAAUUGUUUUAUUUAGUGAUGGAUGUUGCUACCAGAACAGAAAUGUUACGCUUUCAAAGACAUUGUUAAGGCUUGCUGUAAAAUACAAUGUGAAAAUUCUGCAAAAAUACUUAGAGAAAGGCCACACUCAAAUGGAGGUCGAUGCAGUUCAUAGUCAAAUUGAACGUAAACUUAGAAAAAGACCUAUAUACUCCCCAGCAAACUAUAUAGAAUGUUUUAAAGAAACACGCCCAAAUCAGCCUUAUAAAGUGAAAUACAUACUGCAUGACUUCUUCAAGGACUUUGGAAGUUUGAAGUCGUAUGAAAGUAUCAGGCCAGGCAAUAGAGUAGGUGACCCAGUCGUUACUGAUAUACGAUGUCUGAGCUACAAUCCAAAAGGGGAUAUAGAAUUUAAACUUGUAUUUGGAGAUCAGUUCUCUCCUUUACCACAGAGGAAGAAAGCAGAUAUGGCAGUAGACGAAAUGAUACCUCGGUUUUAUACGAGUGCACAGAGUAUAAAACGUACUAAGUUCACACAUUU